CUGGAGCAGCUGGAGCAGCUGGAGCAGCUGGGACACCCCAGGGACAGCGGCUGAGCUGGGGCUGGAUUUGGCUGGGCCAUGCUGCAGCUGGAGCUGUGGGCGGCCGCGGCGCUGAUGCUGCUCGGGGCGGCCGUCAGCCUCUGCAUCAGGUGCCAGCAUUCAGCUACCGAACGGGAGGCACAGCUGAACGAGCGGAGGAGCCAGCUCGAGAGCCAGCCGAGAUUUGAGGUGAUUCGAUCCCACACCGUUGCAACUCGAAGGCUGGAAAAAAGUAAGGAACCUGAGGACUUAUCAAUAGCAAGUAAAGCCACCAAGGAGCUCAGUGCUUCCCAUCACCCUGGAUAUGGGAGCAGGGACGAGCCCAGGUACCAGAAUUUCCUGGCAGAGAGCUGCCUGCAGGAAGACACUGCCUAUGUGGAGCCCAUGGCUCUGGAUCACUACUACAACUGCAGCAGGCUCUUCAAUCCACCCCGUGUGAGGUCUCCAGGCAAGCAAGAGAAAGAUGAGGAUUCCUAUUCCUAUGAAAAUGUCACCAUUGGAGUGUCUCAGGGCUCUGAUCCAGAUGAUGCUGUGGACUAUGAGAACAGCAUGACAAUACUCACAUGGAAGCUCCAGAAAGGGCAAGCCCCACCAACAGAAAGCCUGGAUGAUGAGCCAGACUACAUCAACACAGGGCCUGGGUCAGGCCCUGCCCUGCUGCCAGAGCAAAGUAUUCUGCAUGAAGUCUGAAGAAAUCUUCUGCUGAGCUGUAAGAGGGCACCCAUCGAACAAGCGCACAGGGAGAGGGGAGGUUUCCAUCCCUCAGUGAAAUCUCUUCCCCAAACUGUGCCUGCAGUGACACACAAGGGGUGUUACUGAAAGAAGAACUGCACUGCUUGAAGCCCCACAGAAAUCCAACUGCAAACCAGCAAGUGGAGGAAGCAUUCUGCCCCAGUGACCACGGGCAAGCCCCAGGCUCCUCAUCCCAAUCUCAUUUCUCUGCGUGUCCACUCAAGGAUGGCCAGUCUGGGAAAUGUUUUCUCCUGGCAGGCAUGAAAUGAAUCCUUAACUUGCUGAGCAGUAAUGCAGCCAGCUACUUAAUUUGUCAGGGUGACUCAUGCACAGUGUAUUAAACCAGAGGGAUUAUGUUCUGAUUUAGUUCCUGUGCUCUCCUACAGAAGCAGUUUCCUAUGUGAGAGGAACUGAGGUGGUGUUUAUAACAGCAGUGGCUGUCUGGAGCUGAAUGAGAUUCCAACCUGUUCACAACAGCUAAAGAGGAUUAAAUGCCUGCUUAUCCAUGGGCAUGUAAUUCACAGUGUUGGUCUGUGGCAGUUUUCCUCAUGUUUCAGUAUCUGUUUUAAAAUGAUACAAAGAACCAGCAGCAACUGUGAGACUCGGAUCCACCAGCCUCAGAAACUGCACCAGUCCUUCAAUACAACUGUUGGAACAUCAUCCCAGAAACAGAAUCCCUGUCUCCUGAGCCCUGAUGUACAGAUCUGGAAUACUUAUUUAUUAAAACUGAAAA